CAACACCUGCCUGAACAGGUACGGGAUUCUCCCACAGCGCCACUUUAUCGCAGCUAUUUCAGGGUCUAAUAACUCCCACCUCGGUGUAUUGUCUGCAUCAUCGCCUCUUUGUUUGCAAGAACUAUAUUUACUUAAGUGCGAGAUUCAGGUGCUGUACAGCUGGAAGGGCCUUACAAGACCGGUCACUGAAUUGCCCGAUACCGACCCAUCACCUCUGCCUGGCAACUGUCAAUCACCCGCAGCGAACAGCUGUGCCCAUCCUCAAGAGAGCACCAAAACAUUUUGUUUUGCAGGAACCUCGUCGUGUGGCUGUAAAGUUUUGUCAGGUUCUGAUAACAUACCCUAGGCAUCACUUUAUAAAACGGUUUCUUUGGCUUAAAAUUGAUGGCGUGGGCAGGAAGUGAUUCGCAACCGCACUGCAAGUUAUCCGGCCCGAGUGAGCAGGCCGGUAAAAGCCUGGAACUCGAUUUCUCCGUGGCGGCUGUGCUGCCUGCGGGCGGUAGUGGGGAGAGAAUGGGAACGGCAAUCCCUAAGCAAUUCUGCCGCCUCUUCCAGAGGCCGCUCAUCAGCCUAACGCUGGAAGCUUUUGAGAGGGUUCAUUGGAUCAAAGAAAUUGUGGUCGUGGUGUCACAACAGAACUUUGAAUUCAUGAAUUCUGUGAUAGGCCAGUUUGGUCACUCACGCACAACAGUUGUUGUAGGUGGGCUUACUCGUCACCAGUCUAUUUUUAAUGGGCUAAAAGCAUUUGUGGAAAAUCAGCCUCAUCAGUCAUGGCUGAUGAAACCUGAGGUUGUAAUCAUCCACGAUGCAGUGAGACCUUUUGUGGAAGAAGAUAUUCUCUACAGAGUAGCCACUGCAGCAAAAGAGCAUGGGGCUGCGGGAGCUAUCAGACCUCUUGUUUCUACUGUCGUUGCAACCAACCCAGAAGGCUACCUUGACCAUUCACUGGAGCGUGCCAAGUACAGGGCUAGCGAAAUGCCCCAAGCCUUCACAUUUGAUGUCAUUUACAAAGCUUAUGAGCAGUGCACAGAUUAUGAUUUUGAGCAUGGUACGGAGUGUCUUCAUUUAGCUCUUCAGUACUGUGGAGUCUCUGCAAAGCUCCUUGAUGGACCACCUGAUCUGUGGAAGGUGACAUACAAACGGGACCUCUAUGCAGCUGAGUCAAUUGUCAAGGAAAAUCUUUCCAAGAGUGCUUGUAUCAUUACUGCAGCACAAGAAGAACCAGUUCAAUUAGGCACUUUGCUACAAGAGGUCUUACAACGGAUGAUGAAGCAGGUGGAUUUGGUGAAGUAUUCAUCGAGUAAAGAGAGCCAUUGUAUUCAGGCCAUCUCUUCAGGACUAUAUUAUAACUUUAUUUACAUAAAUGAAUUCUGCAGAUGCUGGAAAUUCAAGCAACAUACAUCAAAGUUGCUGGUGAACGCAGCAGGCCAGGCAGCAUCUAUAGGAAGAGGCGCAGUCGACGUUUCAGGCCGAGACCCUUCGUCAGGACUAACUGAAGGAAGAGUCAACAACUUCGAAAUAUUUAAGGAAAUUGUGCAGCUGGUGGAAGCAAUUAAAAAUGUUAAGCUUUCAGCUUUGUAUCCUGUGGUUGUGACUGUGGUACACUUGAACAAUACAGAAGCUUUAUCUUGUGGUAUUCAAAAGGACGACUUUGCUAUUACCAAACAAUUGGCAAAAGAUGCAUUUGGAAAAAAUAUUCUUAUUUACAAUCUACUGAUUAAUUAUACACAGAGCAUGGACAAAGCUCAAGAAUCCGUGAAGGAAGGAGCCUUGAUCAUUGAAACAUUAAUAAAGCAGCGAAGUCCUGUUCUAACGGGGCAGCUCCUUGUGGUAUGAAGGCAGCCAUUCAUCAGACUUAUAAAAGUCAUAAGUAGAUGCUGUGAUAUCUGAAGGAACAUACUGCCCUCUGAUGAUGACGAUGAAAAGCUACACAUAUCCUCUCUCUUAUUCUAUCAUGAAAUCCAGCUUUGAAUGGCAGAAAGUAAUUAAGUCACUAAAAGCAAUAAAGCAGAAACAACUUAACUGUCAUGUCUCACAUUGUUCUUCAGAAGAAUCUGACUAUUGAUACUCCUUUUAAGAAUCUUGAGGUUCUGCUCUCACUUUACAAAUGUUUACUUACUAUUCAGCCCUUCUAGUCCAUGCUGUCUCACAUGAGCCAUCCCAAUGAUCCUGUUCCACAUUGGAGCAAAACAUAUAAUUUUCCCUCAUAUAUUCGUCAACACCCUUUUGAUUCUUUUACCACUUCCAAACAUUUAGAGGUAAUUUACAGAAGCCUAUUAACCUAACAGCCAGCACAUGGUUGGAAUUUUGGAAAUUUGAGCAUGUGAACGAAAGCCAUUUUAGUCAUGGAGUGAAAAUUUAAAUUCCACUUAGACAGUAUGAAAUGUCCCAGGAGCAGUGAGGUUACCACUCUGCCUUUAAGAGAACAAAACCUAGAAAAGAAACCUCCACCAUUACAGAAUGAAAAGUCCAUCAGCUCUAGCUGUUCUCCUGGACUUCAGUCAAGCAUUACAUUAUUGAGGUGCAGAAACAAAGAUUUAUAUAAACUCAGUUCAUUUGGAUUUUAAAGUCCUGCAAUUUGCAAAAUCUCAUUCAGAUUUUUACAGAAGAGGGAGUUUUUCAUUAUUGUUCUAAUUGGAUAAUUUAAAGC